AAAAAAAGAGAGGAAAAAAAAAAAAAAAAAAAAAAAAAAGGAAAUAAAAGCCCAAAGCUGGAAAUCAAGUCGCACGCAGCACGUUCCCCCUGUGCCUUCGGAAGAAUUUCUUGGCUUGGUGUGUGCGUGCCUGUUAUUCGGCAGAGGAUUUGGACUCUGAGUCAGACCCAGCGCUAAUGAGGAGGAAGAGGAUGAAUGUGCUGCCAGGGGCGUGUGCCAGGCUGCUCCUCCUGUCCCUGCUCUGCGCCACCGGUGUCUGCCAAUGGAGCAAAAACAACCGCUGUGUGCUGUCUCGGGCAAAGAGCUGCACCGAGUGCAUCCGGGUGGAUAAGGACUGCUCCUUCUGCACCGACGAGAGCUUUGAGGAGCCGCGCUGUGACCUGCGGGAGAACCUGCUGCGCUCCGGCUGCGGCGAGGCCAGCAUCGUGUACACCCAGGGGGAGAUGAGGACACUGAAGAAUUCCAGUAUCAACGUGUCCCUGCAGAGGACCCAGGUGUCUCCCCAGGCCAUGUACAUGAGGCUGAGGGCUGGCGAGGAGAUGAGCUUCAACAUGGAUGUCUUCCAGCCCAAGGAGAGCCCUGUGGAUCUCUACAUCCUCAUGGACUUCUCCUACUCCAUGUCCGAUGAUCUGGACAACCUCAAAAGCAUGGGGCAUAACCUAGCGGACUUCCUGCAAGCCCUGACUUCCAAUUACACCAUUGGAUUCGGCAAGUUUGUGGACAAAGUCUCAUCCCCUCAGACAGAUAUGAGACCCGAAAAGCUGCGUGAGCCCUGGCACAACGCCGACUCCCCGUUCUCCUUCAAGAACGUCAUCCGCCUGACCAGCAACAUCAACCACUUCAGCCAGGAGCUCCGCAAGGAGCGCAUCUCCGGCAACCUGGAUGCCCCCGAGGGCGGCUUUGAUGCCAUCCUGCAGACAGCUGUGUGCAAGGAUAAGAUUGGCUGGAGAAAGGACAGCACUCACCUGCUCGUGUUCUCCACCGAGUCUGCCUUUCACUAUGAAGCUGAUGGUACCAACGUCCUGGCAGGGAUCCUGGCGAGGAACGACGAGCAGUGUCACCUGGACAGCCACGGCACCUACGUGUAUGACACCAAGCAGGACUAUCCCUCGGUGCCCACCCUCGUGCGCCUCUUGGGCCAGCACAACAUCAUCCCCAUCUUUGCUGUCACAAACCACUCCUACAGCUACUAUGAGAAGCUGCACAAGUAUUUCCCCAUCUCUGAGAUCGGGGAGCUCCAGGAAGACUCUUCCAACAUCGUGGAGUUGCUCCGCGUAGCCUUUGAGCGCAUCCGCUCCAAGAUGGACAUCCGGGCUGACUUCACCCCCAGAGCCCUGAAGACAGAGUUCACCUCCCCGGAAUUUCAAAAGACAGAAUCUGGCUCCUUCAACAUCACCCGUGGAAAGGUGAGCAAGUUCCACAUGCACGUGAAGGCUCUGGAGUACGUUGGUGGGCAGCACGUCUGCAGCCUCCCCGAGAAGGACCGGCAAGGAGUCAUCCACGUGAAACCCACGUCCCUGAGCGACAGCCUCACGGUGUCAACUGCUGUCAUCUGCGACGUGUGUCCCUGUGAACAGCAACAAGAGUUGGACUCGCCCAAGUGCAGUUUCCACGGGAACUUUGUGUGCGGACAGUGCAUCUGCCACCCGGGCUGGCGAGGGGACACGUGCGACUGCUCCCCGGCGUCGUCCCCCAACAACGAAGCCUGCGUGCGCCCCGGGGACGCGGAGCCGUGCUCGGGACGGGGCGAGUGCCUGUGCGGGAAGUGCCAGUGCUACUCCGAGGAGCAGACCCUGCGCUUCGACGGCGCCUUCUGCGAGUUCGACGUCCUGCAGUGCCCGCGCACCUCCGGCUUCCUCUGCAACGAUCGUGGCCGCUGCUCCAGGGGUGCCUGCGUGUGUGAGAGCGGCUGGGAGGGCCCGGGCUGUGAAUGUCCCACCAGCAACGACACCUGCAUCGACAGCCGAGGGGGCAUUUGCAAUAACCACGGGAGGUGUGAAUGUGGCAGAUGCAUCUGUGACAUGGCUUCACUGUACACCAGCUCCACCUGUGAAAUCAGCUACUCUCUGGGCUUCCAGGCUGUCUGUGAGAGCAUCCGGGACUGUGUCCGCUGCCAGACCUGGGGGACAGGCAACCUGAAAGGGAACUGCAGCUCCUGCCACCUCCAGGUCCAGAUGGUGGAGGAGCUGAAGAAAGACGAGGCUGGCGAGUACUGCUCCUUCCAGGAUGAGGAUGAUGACUGCACCUACCACUACACCCUGGAGGGAGACCCCAGUGUCCUCCCCAACACCACUGUCCGUGUGCAGAAGAAGAAAGAGUGCCCACCUGGAAGCUUCCUCUGGCUCAUCCCACUGCUCAUCUUCCUCAUCCUGCUCCUGGGGUUGCUGCUCCUGCUCUGCUGGAAGUUCUGUGCCUGCUGCAAGGCUUGCCUGGCCCUGCUUCCCUGCUGUGCACGAGGUCGCACCGUUGGCUUCAAGGAGGACCACUACAUGCUCCGCCAGAGCCUCAUGUCCUCCGACCACCUGGACACGCCCCUGGUGCGCAGCGGCUCCCUCAAGGGCCGCGACACGGUCCGCUGGAAGAUCCACAACAACGUCCACAAGCAGGGCGUCACCUCCCCCGCUGCCACCAAGGACCUCGUUCCCUACGGGCUGUCCCUGAGGCUGGCCCGGCUUUUCACGCAGAACCUGAUGAAAACGGAGACCCGGGAGUUCGAGCAGCUGCGCAAGGAAGUGGAGGAGAACCUGAACGAGGUUUUCAAGCACAUUCCUGGCUGCCACAAGGUCCAGCAGACCAAGUUCAGGUUACAGCCUAAUUCUGGGAAAAGGCAGGAUCACACCAUUGUGGACACAGUGCUCACUGCCCCUUACUCAGCCAAGCCAGACAUCAUCAAAGUGGUGGAAAAACAUGUUUCCCACGAAGCCUUCAAUGACCUGAAGGUUGCACCGGGUUAUUACACCGUGACCUCAGACCAAGAUGCUCAGGGAAUGGUGGAGUUCCAAGAGGCCGUGGAGCUGGUGGAUGUCCGUGUCCCGCUCUUCAUCAGGGACGAUGAUGAUGAUGAGAAGCAGCUGCAGGUGGAGGCCAUCGAGGUCCCCAAUGGCAUCGCAAAGAUUGGGCGCAGGGUUGUCAACAUCACCAUCAUCAAAGAACAAGCCAGCAGCCUCAUCACCUUCCUGCAGCCAGCCUAUUCCCACAGCCGCUUUGAUAAGCUAGCCAAGAUCCCUGUCCUCAGGGAGAUCAUAGACAACGGGAAAUCCCAAGUCACCUACAGGACCCGGGAUCUCACGGCCAAGAAUGGCAGGGACUACAUCUUCACGGAGGGUGAGCUGGUCUUCCAGCCUGGGGAGACCCGAAAGGAGGUGCAGGUGCCUUUGCUGGAGCUGACAGAGAUAGACACCCUCCUCAACAACUGCCAGCUCAAGCAAUUUGCUGUCGACCUCCUGCACCCCAAGUACGGCGCCAAGAUUGGUCGCUACCCCCAGACCACGGUGACCAUUGCUGACCCAGAGCUGGUGGAUGGUGUCCCCUCGAUGACUGGCCUGGCCCAGGUCCCCCAGUCCCCCAAAGGCCGCCUGAGUGCACCUCUUAAUCCUGAUGCCCGGGCUCUCAGCUCCAGGGAAAUCAGCUUCAACUGGUUUCCUCCACCAGGAAAACCCCUGGGGUACAAGGUGAAAUACUGGAUCCAGGGAGACCCUGAGUCAGAAGCCCAUCUUAUUGAUGUCAAAACCCCAUCAGCAAAGCUGACAAACCUUUACCCCUUCUGCGACUAUGAGAUGCAAGUCUGCGCCUACAACGCCGUGGGAGAGGGGACUUACUCGGACAUCAUCCACUGCCGCACGCUGGAGGAGGUGCCCAGCGAGCCCGGGCGCUUGGCUUUCAACCUCGUGUCUUCCACCACGACCCAGCUGAGCUGGGCUGAGCCUGCAGAAACCAACGGGGUGAUCACAGCCUAUGAAGUCGGCUAUGGGCUUGUCAAUGAGGAAAAUGUACCCACUGGGACUGUGAAGAAGGUGCUGGUUGAAGACCCCAAGAAGCGCGUGGUGCUGAUCGAGAACCUGCACGAGUCGCGGCCCUACCGCUACACGGUGAAGGCCCGGAACGGCGCGGGCUGGGGGCCCGAGAGAGAGGCCACCAUCAACCUCGCCACGCAGCCCAAGCGCCCCAUGUCCAUCCCCAUCAUCCCUGAUGUCCCCAUCAUUGAUGCAGGAGGAGGUGAGGACUAUGACAGCUACUUGAUGUACAGCACAGACGUGCUCCGCUCUCCGGCCGGCAGCAAGAGGCCCAGUGUCUCUGAUGAUUCAGGCUCCAGGUGGAAAUUUGUGCCGCUGCUGGGAGAAGACCUGGACCUUCGCCGCAUCACCUGGAAGCUCCCACCCGAAACCAUUCCCCGCCUCUCUGGCAGCAGCCGCCUCUCCUCGGACACCGAGGGGCUCCUCCAGGAGGAGGACAGCGCUGUGGCUCCUGGCAGUGUGAGGAGGAGCGGGACGCCCCGGCCCCAAGCAGAGCACUUGAUGAAUGGCCGAGUGGACUUCUCCUUCCCCGGCAGUGGCAGUGGCACCCUGACCAGGACAGCCAACACCAGUUACCACCAGCUGAGCUCCCACAUGCACCAGGAGCACAGGGUGAUGGGCAGCUCCUCGCUGACAAGAGAUUACUCCACAAUGCUGAUGGGACACGGUGAGUACCACAGGGAUGGGACCUGCCCUUCCCUUCCAUCCCCUUGCACCGUUUCUGUAGAUUACCCAGGGACACUCCUCCCUCCCAUCCAUGAAGAUGCUGGGAGGACACUCCUCCGGCCCCGGGACGUGGGUUUCAGGAGCAGGGCAAAGGUGAAGGGUUACUACCCCAGCAUUGGCUGUCGGGACUCUAUAAUCAUGACUGAUGGGUCCACAGGGAUGUGCAAGUACAUAGACUCCAGGAAGCCACUGGGCAUCCCUGACACCCCCACCCGCCUGGUGUUCUCUGCCCUGGGCCCCACGUCCCUGAAGGUGAGCUGGCAGGAGCCACGCUGCGAGAAGGAGGUGCAGGGCUACAGCGUGCAGUACCAGCUCCUCAACGGAGGAGAGGUGCACAGGAUCACCAUCCCCAACCCCAGCCAGAACUCGGUGGUGGUGGAGGACCUGCUGCCCAACCACUCCUACAUCUUCAAGGUGAAGGCGCAGAGCGAGGAGGGCUGGGGCCCUGAGAGGGAGGGAGUCAUCACCAUCGAGUCCCAGGUGGACCCGCAGAGCCCGCUCAGUCCCGUGCCAGGCACCCCCUUCACCCUGAGCACCCCCUGUGCCCCUGGACCACUGGUUUUCACUGCCCUCAGCCCGGAUUCUCUGCACCUCAGCUGGGAGAGACCCCGCGAGCCCAACGGGCCCAUCCUGGGCUACAGGAUCACCUGUGAGAGGCUGCAUGGAGGAGGGGAGCCCAGGACCAUCUACGUUGAAGGAGACAACCUGGAAACCACCCUGACCGUGCCCCACCUGAGUGAGAAUGUCCCAUACAAGUUCAAAGUGCAAGCCAACACCACCCAAGGCUUCGGGCCAGAGAGAGAAGGCCUCAUCACCAUUGAAUCUCAGGACAGAGGUGCUUUCUCCCAAUUUGGAGGACAGCAGUACAUGAGAGAAGUUUACAAAUUCCCCACUGAAUACACCACCAAAACCAGCAUCAGCCAUUCCUCUCUGGAUCCCCACUUCACAGACGGGAUGCUGGUGACCACCCAGCGCGUGGAGAACUCCAGCAGCACCCUCACGCAGGAGUUUGUGAGCCACACGGUGAUGGCCAGCGGGACCCUCACCCAGCAGGUGGAGAGGCAGUUCUACGAGGCCUGA